AUAAAACUCAGCGUCAAAAAAACCGUAGACAACGAGCCAUGCGUUUGGAAGUAUUUAAUGCUCACGAAGCAUGUCGUCCUCACCCCACGUCUAGCAAGGGGCUCAGGUUUGGCGACGACUCUGGGGCGGGUUCAGCACCACUCGCCAAGUUCAACUCACCACCCCUGCACGCCAACUCCAAACCGAAGCCUCGUGUACCCCCACCCUUCACCCCCGCCACUCGCUCUCCCCGUUUUCCCUCUACCGUGCCUCUCCCCUCUCUGCCUGCCUCUCUCUUUUGUGCCAGCAGUUGCCUGUGCGUCAUCAUUCAUUCAGCUGGGAGCCAAGUCCACGGGAGUUCAAGAGUGGAGGAGCGCAGAGCAACUUCAUUGACGCACGCCUUGCGCACCACGGGCGAACCGCUCCGCCUGAGAAUUUACACCAAAAAAAACCUCUCGCUCGUCCAACUACGCCCCAGCGAACUUAUAGAGACACUCUAGGUAAUUGACGUUUAGCAGAGUGAACGACGAUAUACUUGCAAUCAUAUAGGGAGGCGAUGACAGUGAAUUGAACCAGAUUUGGACAUUUCAACUUGAAUACUGUAGCGUGAGAACACGCGUCGAUCUUCCCCGCCGGCGUUUGCAAAACCUCUCAUUUGCGAUUCGCGUUGUGAACUCUCAAAUUGCAUGCACGGCAAUCGUUCCUAGCUUAUAGCCCCGCUCAUCGCGCACCGAGCACGUACACGCCUGCAUUGCAUUAAGCCGGGCUCGCCGCUGGCUUGCAGAGAUGGCCCGCGCGCUGCUGCUGAGCAGCGUGGUGGUGGUAGUGGCCCUCGUGCUGUCCACGUUGCCGUCCGCCGCAUCUCACCGACCCUACCGGAGGCUGGCGGCGGCGCACAGAGCCGCAUCUGCAGGACGGGUGGCCGCGAGCCAGAGAGCUGCGGGGACCGGGGCCGGGACUGCGACCGGCUCGAGGGGAGGACCCCAGAGUCAGGCGAACCCGGCCGGAGGAAGGGCGCUGGGAACGGCCGGGCGAGGGGUGGCGACGGCGCGCAAGACGGCACCGCAAGGAGCGCACGGGAACGCAAAGCGGAACGCUGCUCCGCCGCACGUGGCCCCUCCACUCACUGGAGCGAACGUGUGCGGUGGGCAGUGCUGUCCGGGAUGGGCGCUCAACGCCGCUCUGCACAAGUGCAACAAACCGGUGUGCACGCCUCCGUGCCAGAACAAGGGGAUGUGCCUCCGGCCACAGCUGUGCCUCUGCAGGCCGGGCUUCCAUGGCCAGAGCUGCGAGGUGGCCAACCUGUCCCGGGGUGGCCACCACCCACGUGCCCCCGACAACUCGGUGCCCGCCGCCCCCGCCGCAUCCGUCCUGCUGCCUGGAAAACAGGACCCCCGCGCAGCUCCUCACGGCGCACACCUGCCCAAGACGCACAACGUGGCGCAUGUGUCUUUGGCGCCGGGCGGCUCCGCGCAGACAUCGGCACAAGCGUGGAGCCAGCAGCUGAGGCCACGCAUCACAGGGCGCGAUGCCCCCGCUCAGCAAGUCCACCUCCAGGCGCAGCCCCACGUCCAGGCCCGCCCUGGGGCCCAAGGCCACCAGGCCCUGCUCCAAUCCGGGCCUCGAGUGUUGGCGGUGGCCCCCGGGAAACCCUCGGCUGGGCAGGCGCCGCAAAACGAUCAGCCAAUGGACGCCACCGCAAGCAACGGAGACCUCACGAUGGGUGCCGCGCCAGUCCCGCAGCGCAUCAAGGUGGUGUUCACGCCCACCAUCUGCACGCUGGACUGCUCGCGAGGAGACUGCCGCCACAGCUGCUCCAAGGGCAAUGUGACCACCCUCAUCAGCGAGCACGGCCGCAUGAUCUACCCUCCACACAGCUCCAGGUUCCGCAUUGUGGUAUGCUCAAUCCCGUGUCAUAAUGGGGGGCACUGCAUAACCAAGGAAAAGUGUUUUUGCCAGCCCGGAUACACGGGCAAGUUCUGCCACCUUCCCGCUGACCCCAACUCAACUGAAGUGGCUGACGCGGGCAAUAAUGGGUGGAAGGGCUCCUCCACAUUCACCUUUCCGCUGUCCACUCUUGGAAAUUUCUCCCAAGCCUCCCUGGCCAAUCAUCCGGACCUGGUGAAGGUGCACGUGAAGCACCCUUCGGAGGCGUCGGUGCAGAUUCACCAGGUGGCCCGCUUCUCCGAGGACGUCACGCUACAGCAGCUGCUGGCCGACAAGGCGCCUCGCCCCGAGCAGCACGUGCCCCAGCCGCAGCCUCGGCAACAGCCGCCGCAGUUCCCCCGCGUGGCGCACCACCAGCCCAUCCUGCGCCAGGAGCCGCCGCAGCAACCACACAUCCAGUACGUGCAGGACAAGAGCGUUGGCGAGCUGGACAACCAGGCGUUCCACCUGCCGGGCUACGAGCAGCCCAGGAUCCCCGCGGCUACGGCGCCGCUGGGAAGGUGCUUCCGCGAGUUCAGCGGCCACCAGUGUCUGAAGCCGCUGCUCGGGUUGACGAGGCAGGACGACUGCUGCGGAAGCAUUGGAGCUGCGUGGGGGACCAAUGCCUGCACACGGUGCCCUCCCAAGGCUGAACAUCCUGUCAUGAUGGAUGGGGAAGUCUUGGAGUGUCCCCAAGGCUUCAGAAAGGAGAACUCCACUCACUGCAGAGACAUCAACGAGUGUCAGUUCCGCGGCAUCUGUCCCAAUGGCACGUGCAUCAACCAGCAAGGCAGCUUCAGAUGCAGCUGCAUGGAGGGGUACUUGUGGGACUCCUUUGGCCAGGAAUGCAUGUCGGACAUGGUGUUAUCGUCCAAGACAGACAAGUGCUACCGAGCCAUGGACGGGCAAGAGUGUGUUCUGCCGAUACCACUUCCACUGACGAAGCAUAUCUGCUGCUGCAGCGUCGGCAAGGCCUGGGGCAAGAACUGUGAGAAGUGCCCACCGCAGGGCCUAUCCUCCUUCAAAGAAACAUGCCCAGCUGGGAUGGGUUACCACUUCCCUUCGUCUGAGAUGAAGCUCAACGUGCGGAAGCUGACGGACGUGGAGCAAAUGCAGAUAACGCCUGAGCGACUGGCCAAGGCACCGGCUGCCGUCGACCCAGGGAGAGGGGACGCGUUCCCUGGGCCCCCGCGCCUACCCCAGCACCACCCGCCUCCCAAGAUCGACGUCUAUUCAAGUCUUGAUGGCGAACCGGUGAUAACAGCGCUAAGCACCGAUAACGCCCAAAAAACCAUCACAGGCACGGACGUUCACCAGACCUCGGCGAUUCAGACUCCACGGCGCACUUCUCUCCCGGCCUCCACCAUCGUCGUGAGCCAAACUGAGGCCCUCUCCGUCGCGCAGGCCACCGUGGUGAACACCUGCCUGCAGACCCCGGACAUCUGUGGACAUGGCGAAUGUGUUCACCUGGACCGUGGGCACACGUGUGUGUGCAAUGGCGGCUACAAGCUCAACCCAUCACUAACUCACUGCAUCGACGUUGACGAGUGCGCGCGGAGCCCGGCGCCCUGCCCCGGAGGCCGCUGCGAGAACACAAGGGGCGGCUUCCGCUGCGUCUGUUCGCAGGGCUACGCGGCCAGUCGCGGAGGAACAGAGUGCAUCGACGUGGACGAGUGCGAGAGGGCGGACGCGUGUGGUGGCAACGGGCGUUGUGUCAACACAGCAGGGGGCUACACGUGCAACUGCGACCGAGGGUACUCGCUGUCCACCGACAAGGGCAGGAAGACGUGUCACGAUGUAAAUGAAUGUGAGAACACCAUCCUGUGCCCCGGGGGACGCUGCGUCAAUCUGCCAGGUUCACACAGGUGUGAAUUCUGCGAUCCUGGCUAUCAGAUGAGUCGGAAGAAAGAGUGUGAAGAUAUUGACGAAUGUCAGAAUCCCCAAGCUUGCAUUAAUAAGAGGUGCGUGAACAUUCCUGGGGCGUUCGAAUGCGUCCUGUGCCCUACUGGCUUCAAGGCGGCUGGAACAAAAUGCGAAGAUGUGAACGAGUGUCUGAACAGCACGGCGGUCUGCAGGGACGGUCGCUGCAUCGACCUGCAAGGGUCUUACAGGUGUUCCUGCAACCCGGGCUUUGCUCCGUCUGGAAAUGGAAAGCGCUGCGAUGACGUGGACGAGUGUGCCGAGCGCCCGUGCCAGAACGGCGAGUGCGUGAACACGCCCGGCUCGUUCAAGUGCUCCUGCCCACCCGGCUUCCAGCUCAGUGACGGCACCAACUGUCGAGAUAUCGAUGAGUGCUCGACGGGCAACGAGUGUGAAGGCGGCACCUGCAUCAACACGGUGGGAUCGUUCCAGUGUGGAUGUCAGCCGGGCUUUGCAGCCCUCCCCGGCACAGACUUGUGUGCAGAUGUGGACGAAUGUGACAAUGCGACCGCGUGCAGCGAGCACCAGUACUGCAUUAACUCCAUGGGGUCGUUCCAGUGCCACUGCGACCAAGGAUACCAGACCGCGAAGGAGGGACUUGGCUGUGUGGAUAUCAACGAGUGUGAAACGAUCACCGAAGUGUGCGGCUCGGAAUUGUGCGACAACGAGGAGGGCACCUUCCUGUGCAUCUGCCCGAAUGACUAUCAGGAGUUCGACUCGCAGCUCGGCAAGUGUGUGCCAGAGCCCACUGCUGUCUACGGGAACCCCUCCACUCCUCAACCAGAACCACUGCAGGCUGGAAUCCACAACAUCCCAGGAUACUCAAGAUACCCAGAAUUUGUGGAUUCAUCAGAGCACUAUCCGCAGCACCCAUAUCGACAAGAGACCAGACUUCGUGAGCCGGUGGGCGUGCCUGCAGCCCACGUACCAGCCGAGAGACGCGAGUGCUACUUCAACGUCAAUGACGAGAACGUCUGCCGGAACGUCCUGGGGCGCAACGUGACGCGUGACGAGUGCUGCUGCACCGUCGGCGCCGGCUGGGGCACCGACUGCGAGCCCUCGCCCUGCCCGCUGGAAGGGACCAGGGAAUUUAACGAACUUUGUCCAGAAGGCAAAGGACUCGUCCCAAGCCCCAACGGGAGAGGAUAUCGAGAUGCCGAUGAGUGCACACUCUUUAGCCAAGAGUUGUGCAGAGACAGCCUCUGUGUGAACACUCAGGCUGGAUACAAGUGCUACUGCCGCACCGGGUACUUGUACGAUAGGAGCAGGCUGCACUGCACGGACGUGGACGAGUGUGAGAACAGCCAGAGCUGUGUGGACGGGCAGUGCUACAACAGCGAGGGCAGCUACAGCUGCUACUGCACCGCACCGCUCACGCUCGACCACACUGGCCGGCGCUGCGUCAACCGCACGGCUUCCUCCUCGGAUGUCUUUUUGGACAUCUGCUGGAAGGAGGUGUCCCAGGGAGUGAUGUGCAGCAAGCCCGUCGCGGGCCGACAGACCACCUACACUGAGUGCUGCUGCCUGUACGGCGAGGCCUGGGGGCCCGAAUGCGCCUUCUGCCCACCCAAAACAUCCGACGACUACCUCACGCUGUGCAACAUCCGCAUGCGCGCCGAGGCGCAGACCUUCGAGGAACCUCAUUUCGGCGAGCAGUACCCGUUUGAGCCUCACCUCCUGCCGGCCGAGCGUGGAGACUUCCCGCCCCAGACUGGGGCGCAGGGGCACCUGCCCUUCCGCGGGCUCACAGAGAUGCAGCCUUACCCCGGGCAGCAGGAGAACGCCGGCCAUGACCUGAUGCCCGGCAUCCUGCCGCUCUACUCCACUGACGAUUACAAUUACAACCGAUACGAGGGUCUGCAGGCGGAGGAGUGUGGCAUCGCCCACGGCUGUGAGAACGGGCGCUGCGUGCGUGUGCCUGAGGGAUUCACGUGCGACUGCUAUGAGGGUUACCGCCUCGACACCUUGAGCGUCGUUUGUGUCGACGUCGACGAAUGCGAGGAGCAGGAUCCUCGAGCGCAGCUCUGCAGCAACGGUCACUGCGUGAACACCGACGGCUCGUACCGCUGCGUGUGCCGUCCGGGAUACGCCGCCCUGCCCCAGCAACCCCACGCGUGCGUGCCCGUACUGCGGCACCCGCUCCCGUUCCAGUAGGCCGCUCGUCGUCUCCUCUUCUGGCCACCUAGCCCCGACGCGAGCUCGCCUGCUUGCCAGACAGCUUAGAUCAAUGUUGCAAGCUGGCCAGCCAGUGAGCCCGUGAGCUAGCCAGCUACGCAGUUGGCACCCCACGCUAGGCAGACUGAUAGCCAGACGUCCUGUCUGUAAGUAAUUCGGCGGUCUCGUCAGGAGACCUGCAGGUAAGCCAGGCUGCGAGCCAACCUGCCAACCGGCCACACGCAAAGCAGUGUUUUAUGUUCAGAUUCAUUGGGGAGGGUAGGGGGGGAGGCAGGGGGAGGGCUUGGUUUGAGGAUGCUGGUCGUGGGGUUUAUUGGGCAAGGGAACUUGUGGCAGUAUCAACGCAGUCAGUGUUCUACAUUUAUUGUAUAUAAUUAUUAAAAUGUGCAUCUCUAUAGUUACAAAUUCCAACAGUUUAUAUUUGAGCUCGGGAAAAGGGGCAGUGCUUAAAAUGUACUUGGCCGAAAUGCUGUUGAUGCGUACUAAUGGCCGAGAUGCUAAUAGCAAGCGAGUCUCUUUUGGGAUUUAAUUUAGUUCAUUUCGCGUUUUACAGUUCAUCAGGAAGUUGUGCUUCAUGGCAUAAUUGAAAUGCGAGUAACGUUAAGUUGCGAAUUAACAGCGCUCGCCGAUAAUGCAGAAAACGCGUUAUGGACUACGCUACCGAUUAUGGUGUAAACUCGCUGCAGACCCACAGGCAGGCACUGGUAAAGUUAUGAUAUAGUCAGCAAUGAAGACCCAAAGUCAUCUGUCUUCGUACAACUGGUAUUACAAACAGUAAAACAACAACAGCAAGAUACCUGAAUGUUCCUGUGAACAUACCAUUAAAUGUUUUUUGUCAGCAGGAGUUGGUGAGGACUUUUAAUAUUAUUGACAUGAAGCACAGAAACAAGCAAUUACGAACAGUGAUUAAGUAACUUGGGGAUUAUAUCACAUACAGCCGCUUUACACGUUAAGAACAUGUUAAAGGCAUAGGUCGAUGAAUCUUUAUUGUGAUCUGUUCGUGACAUGUCAAAACAAGAUCAAAACACAUUGACUAUAUAAUGCCAAAAAAUUAAGUUUUUACUAAAUAAAUAUCAGAGCUAUUUUGUUUGUAUAGAAGCUUUAUAAUGAGACACUGUAAAUAUAUUCUAAAUAUCACAGGGACAUCAUCAGGGUUUAUUGCAUAAUGAUGGAAAUUUAAAUAUUUUCAUGAAUACUGAUUUAAUGUUUGGUCAGCAAAUAAUUUGGUUCCAUUGGAGUAUAUUAUUUUGCCCCAUCUUAAAUAACAAUGAUAAUGUUAUUGUUAUAUAAAAAAAAGGAUAUAUCAUUCAAAUAGACUUGAUGUAUUUUGAGUUUAAGUAGCUUAGGGCCAUUGAAUAUUGAAUUUCAUCUCAAAAUUCAACACGUCAAAUUAUUUUCUCAAAACAAUGGAUAAAGCAUUUUUUUUUAAAUACUCGCAAAUUAACCCUUUCCCAUUUCGAUACGUCUACAAGUUGCAGGGUGGGUCCCAUUAGCAUUAAUUUUACUGAGAAAGGCAUAGCUGUUUUAAAAAAAAAAAACAUUGUACUCACUACAGAGAACUGUAGCGACACAACCACACUCUAUGAAAGCUGGCGCCAAACUGUGCCACACGACCUCCCUCAUGGCCUUUUACUUCCAAUUCCGUACACGUACAAUGACGUCAUCGGAAUGUAAUUGGAAGAAAAAAUGAUGACAUGACGUGUACAUCAUCCGAAUGGGAAAGGAUUACGAACCUAUCUUUGAUUUCCGUGCAUGAUCUUCCUCUUUAGUUCCCUCCCAUCGUCGUUUCGAGAUGAUGGGGCCGAAUAAGAUACCACCACCUGCUCCUGUCUCCCACCGGCUUCACGGCUUCCUUGUCACCCGCUUUGUCAGAGAUAAUUUCCCACCGAGUCAAUUCAGUGCAUUUUAUUUUCUGCCAUUCAUUAUUUUGUAUUACCUUGAUGAUCUCGUCUUGGAGUAUAGACCAUCACGAAAACGUCGGUCAUCCUGCACCUCCGAUAAGCAUGCUUGGUUACAUUCGGUGCAAAAAAAGUUCAACAUACAUACAUCCUCGCAGCAGCGGCUUUUGGCUAACCAUCGAACAAAUACAGUCACUGCAUCGCGCGCUUUCAGAUGCGCUUCUGCGGCCGUCUGGAACGCUCUUCCUUUCAUCAUGAGGAAGACAUUUUUAAAUCUGUUUUUAAAACUAAAUUCUUGAGAACAGCUUUUUGUGUUUAGUUUGUUGUCCUUCCCAAUCAUCUCCGAUUAGCACGGUUGGUUACGUAUGGUUCAAAAUAAGUUACUUUACCGAAAGAACCAAAGAGUAUGGAUCCCUGCAGUAACGAAAACUUCAAAUCUAGAUUGAUACAUACGUAUACUUGUGCAUCUAAUUCCAUGUAUGGCAUUCUAUACGCAUCUAUUGUAGACCAUGUGGCCAAAUCACCCGAGUCGUUCUCCCUUGGAUCUUCUCUAUCCGUGCAAACCCCUGUCCUGUCCCAUUCCUUCUCGUAUUGCUCUGUCUCAUUAUCUGUCGUCUAGACACUCUCAACGUCCUUCUCCGUUCGCAGCGUAUUCCCACAGUUGUUUUGUGUUCAUCAGAUGUUCUGGUUCUCUAGCGUUUAGAGACGUACGUGAAUGUCGGCAUGCAACUAUGGUUUCACACACUUAGAUUUUUGCUUGUAAGCAUAAUUUGUACUAAACCAGUUAUUUUCUUGGUAUUGACAUAUUGAAUAUUUGUUAAUAAAGGGAUGAACAUGCAUACGAUGAUCUUCAAUUAAACUUAAACGCUAGUUUUACAGCAGUAUAGAGGAUGAGAAUAUGAUUGCAAAAUGAGAUUGUUUCCUAAGUUGAAAUUACAAUUGAACAUUUACACACGAGAGCAACAUUUAUCGCAGUCUUGUGAGGAUAUCAACAUACCUUUUCAAACAAUGUUAAUUUCUUUGUUGUAUUAAGUUAUGACUUAAACAACAUUGUUUGCAGUGUUUCUGAAAUGUAUUACUGCUGCACGAUGCUACAAAAUCCGUAGAUUUGCAGGUGAUGCCACCAAACACGUAAAAAAGGCGCAGCCCUGCAAUUGCUGCUCACACCACUGCUGGUGGAAGGGCCUCCCCUAGACGGAGACCGAGAGUGCCCCUCUCUGGAUGGUCUUCUUCUUCUUCCUCCUCCUCCUCUUCUUCUUCUUCUGCGCUUGCCAGACGUCUUGGAAGUUUUGGGAGUCAUCCGCGCUUUGCCUCACCGCACGUGACCUACCAGUAGACCGGCCGUGGUCUAACCCAGUUAUACUGCCUGGUGGGGCAGAAGCGACGGGGAUUUUAAUAAACUAGCAUCAUUGUUUCAGCUGCCACCCCGGGAGAAUUAAUCGAAUCGGCGACUUCUGGAUUGCAAGUCCACUUCGUGAACCAUUGCCACUGCCAUGGUAGCCUUGCCUGCCAAAUUCACGACAGGAUCCCCUCGACAUCUGCGAGGGGAUACAUUCUGGAGAUGCUCGUGAAUUGUAAGUUUCGCGGAUAAUGAUAUUGGCCUAUGAAAACCUAUCUUUUUAAUGAAUUGCAUUUAAAACAUAAAUAAGCUAUUA